AGUGCGGCCUCGCGUCCAGAUGUAAACAAGAACGUUGCGGAAAGGGGUUUGAGUCAGAAACUAACGUAUUCACCUGUAUAUUCCUUAAGAAUUAGACAAAGAGAAACACAAAAUGGUGAAGCUCACGCCAGAACUUAUUCAACAGUCGGUACAACACAUUAACCCCGUCAGAGACCGAGAAUUGAUCUUGAGAGGCUAUAAGAUACCAGUCAUAGAGAAUCUUGGAGCAACUCUCGACCAGUUUGACACAGUUGACUUCAGUGACAAUGACAUUCGGAAACUGGACGGCUUUCCCCUUCUGAAGAGACUAAAAUCAUUGCUACUAAACAACAACAGAAUUGUCCGCAUAUCAGACACCCUGCCAGAGGAGCUUCCCAACCUCCAGUGUUUGUACCUGACCAACAACCUCGUGCAAGAAUUAGCCGACCUUGAUAACUUGGCAGGACUCAAGAAGCUUGAGCAUGUGUCCCUCCUUGGGAAUCCUGUCACCACUCGUGACCAUUACCGCCUCUACCUCAUUAACAAACUUCCACAGGUGAGAGUGGUGGACUUCCGUCGGGUACGAAUGCGUGAACGUGAGAUGGCAAAGAAGCUGUUCAAGAGCAAGCUUGGAAAGGAGAUUCAGAAGGAGGCCAAGAAAGCUCGAACUUUUGUGGCGGGAAGUGGCAUCAUGGAUUCUCGUCCUGCUCUCAACCAGAUGACAGCAGAGGACCAAGCUGCCAUUCGCCAGGCUAUUGCCAAUGCCCGGUCUAUGGAAGAGGUGGAACGCCUGCAGCAUAUGCUUCGGACGGGCAACAUCCCCGGCAGAUCACAGGGCAUAAAGCGCAGACAUGGAGAAGAGGAGGAGGAUAAUUAGAAAUAACCACAAAAUAAAUUUGAUUGUCAACUUUGCAUCCCUUUUUGUGUACCUUUAAAAAAGGAGCAUUUCUUAAAUGCAAAUGAUAUAGUUGAUUGUAAAUUUUUUAUGUCUUUUUCCAGUAAAUUAAUAGGUUUGUUUAUACACAGUUAUUCUUUUUCUUUUCUUGAUCCUUUUCUUUCAUAAUGCUUUUUGCGGCUCAGCAGAAAUUGGUAAGUAAACAGCAUUGUCUUUUUGUGAAAGAAUAUAACUGUUGAUAUUCAUAUGAAGACAUUUGAUGAGUGAGAAGUGAUAAGAACAGAUACACAACCUCUCCAUCAUGUGUUUUUCUAUGUAUAUUUUUUCAUGACUCAAGCGAAGUUGACAGACAGAGUUUUUAUGUUGAAAGGGUUGAGAAGUGCUAGGUGAAAUGUGUGCUGGAGUUUUGAUGAAGUAAAAGAUUCUUUUGGAAA